CUGAUAAAAGGUCAUAUGAUUCAUUUCCGAGGAAGCGAAAUCACAGGAACUCACUUUCGACUUCUGCUUCACUGAAGCGUUGCUUUAUAGACACGAAAGCCUGUAAUCUUAUACUGUGUUUCCAAACGGUAAUGAUGUCGGCCGAUGGUGAUGCUAUGCAGGAGCAUUUGCGUUCCUCGGGAUAUCAAAUUCGUUCUAUAGACCCAAACAACUCCAGGAAAUAUGAUUCGUCCAUACCUCUUAUACUACCAAACGAUCACGAGUAUGAUUUAAAGACGAAAAGCCUGGUGAAAAAAGCCAAUGUGCAGCGCACUAAUUUGUAUCUUGUGCCAGAAGCCUUGGAGUUGCUGAAACUGAUCAAAUCGCCACUCGCUAUUCUGGCAAUAUGUGGACCGAUGCGAACGGGCAAGUCGUACAUCUUGUCAAGGUUGUUAGGUGAAGUAGACGCGUUUGAUCUUGGUCAUACAUUUGACCCGAAGACGUUUGGAAUUUGGAUGGGAACAAAGAUUCUUCUGGGCAAAGAUAAAAACGGGAAAGAGCAAGCUGUUCUCUUGUUGGACACAGAAGGAAUUGACGCUCCCGGUGCUAAUGUUACUCAAGACGCUGGCAUUCUCGUGUUAACCAUUUUGAUCUCGUCUAUUCUCAUUUACAAUUCUCAGAAUGUCCCGUACAAGAAAGAUUUGGAGAAAUUGGAUUGUUUCGUCCGUUUGGCGGAAGGUUUUGAGGUGAAGAGGAAUCAGGAGAUUGAAGUGGGGGAAAUCUCGCAGUAUUUUCCACAUUUUAUUUGGCUUCUUCGCGACGUUAGUCUGAUAACAUCUGACGACGGACACGGGGGGGAGAUGGAUCCCACGGAUUAUAUCAAAGAAAGGGUGCUCUCGAGAGGGAAAUCGUUUAAAGCAGGCAAGGCAGAUGAAGUUGGUCGUGCGAUCAUAUCAUUUUUUCCUGAUAUUGAGUGCAAGACUCUGCCUACGCCGCAUAGCGACGAGAAAGUGAUGCAAAACAUCGCACAGCACACGAAUGAUCUUAACCCAAAGUUUCAAAAAGGUGUACAAGAUUUCAUGUCGCAUUUAAUAAAAAAGAUUCAAAUCAACGGUGCUAAACAUGGCUACCAAAAGGGGUCCGCAAUCACCGGUUCUUUGUUGUGUGGAUUGCUUCACGAAUACGUGAAAGCAGUGAAUGAUCCUAACGCGAUUCCUUGUCUUGACAAUGCUUGGCAAAAUACAGUUGAUUUACUUCGCAAAGAAACCAUCGAGGAACUUACUGAGAAAUACAAAACUUCUAUGACGGCAAGAAUCAAGGCUGCCAGUGUUCGAGACAGGAUGACGUUUCCUCUGGAGGAAGAUGGGGCCAGUGUCAGAGGGACCACCUUGAUGGCGCUCCAUGAUGAAAUACUAAAAGCUCUUACAAAAGAGUUGCUGGAGAAAGUUGCACAUUUUGGGGCCGGAGAUGUCAAGGAUCUCAAGAAGAACAGUGCAGAAUUGGUGAAGGUCUUUCAGAAAAAAAUCGUUGAAUUGCGCAGAAAGAAAGCUUUCACAAUGGACGCCCGUGGAAAUCGAAAAGAAUACGAAGGAAUGGAAGUCUGCGGAGGGGUGUUGCUCGAGUAUAUUCGUAUAAACAGAACUCUAUCUACAGAAUUUUGCACAAAACUCUACCAAGAAUUAUUCGCACCGAUUCGAGGGAAAAUCGAGCACGAGAUUGAAACGUACACGUUCAAACAACUGGAGGCAGACUUCAUAAGAUUAAAUGAAGAGUAUUUGAAACGUGCCAUCGGCCCGGAGAAAUGGAACGUUCUCAGCGAGAUGGAUAAGAAAACGGUGGAAGCACAGAAAAUGAAUUUCAAGAAAUUGAAAGGAUAUCAGGAGAAGGUGAUGGAAGAGCGAAGACGAGCAAAGGAGGCAGAAAUUGAAGCUAGGAAAAGGGAAGAAGAACUGACAAAGUUACAUCAGGAAAAUGUCAGGGAAAAGGAAAAAAACGCGGAAAAUUUGAGAAAUAUGCAAGAGAAUUUUCAGACCCAAAUAGAGAAGAUGCGAGAGGAAGAGAAUCGACGCAUAGAGGAUGAAAGAAAAAAACUCGAAGAUCUUCAAAAAUCAAACUUCGCAGAAUUUCAAGACAUGGUCAAGGAGUUCAACGAGAGCCAGAGUAGAGGAAUGGAAGCAAUGAUGGAAAACCUGAGACUUGAAAGAGAACAAAGUAAAGAACAAAUGGGAGAAUUAGUUAAAGCCAUUGCUAAUAUCCCACCACCUGUCGUCAAAGUUGAGAGAGGUCGAUCUUGCUCCAUCAUGUAACACUUCAAGACAAUUGUAACUCGGAUAUCGAUGCAUGUAUUACCUUUAUGAACUCAAAUCUUCCGAUGUCAUUAACCUAAAUUCAACCAAUAAUAUAACUGAGUAACAAAGUAAAAAUUUUGUUGUAUAGACAGU